UCAUAUCAAAUCAUAUCAACCCCCUUCACUUCUCUUUUCUCUUUCAGCUGAAGACUUUUUUAUAUCGUUUAAUAGUAACGUCAAACUAUUCCUAAAUGGUUUAAAUCAAGAAGAUACACAAUCUACCUGAAAUACCAGAUGUCCCAUAAACCCAGCUCGGCGCAUCCACUCGUCAACUAGUAAUUCAUAGCUCAAAACUACACAAUUGAAGCUCCAUACUUAACAUACUCUACCCUUUGCCCAGGUGGUCUAUGGGUAUCCUGUUUAAUGUACGGAGUAGUAUCUCUUCGAUUUUUAUGUCGAAGGCUCUCCGCCAUCCAUCUUAUUAGAUUCCUACUUUACUUGAAGCAAUUUCCGAAUUGGAGGUUUCAUCACCUGGUCUUUCCCAUUUUAGUUUUUUGACUUUUUAUCCUACCUAUACACAACUUCUCUCUCAACAAACUCCCAGUAUGAUACAACAUUUCAAUCUUUUUUCAAAUCAAUUCUUUCCAUCAACAAUAAAAUCUGGAUUCUCAUCUGCGCAAACCCUCUUUAUCAUUAACCACGGACAUACCUCUUGACCUCGCCAAUUCCUGUCACCGCGGCUCCACAGUUUCAAAAAGCUCGCCUCGAAAUACAUUGAAGGAGAAAGUUUGGCUCUCAUAACGCCAUAAUAAACAUCAAAGGAUUCGGAUUGGACGAACGCCCGGAUCCCAGGUCCAAGUAAACACUUCGGACGUAUUGUAGUAUCAGAAAAUCUUUCAGAUCCGGCCUUUUUUACGAUCUCCACGCAAAUUCAAAGAUUCCAAGCGAUGCACCGCUCCAGAAGCCGUUGAAGUUCCUACAAAACUCUAAUUUAUCUAACUCGCUUUGUUUCUUCUCCAACCCUCCCGAAAUCAUGGACACUACUCUAAUUACUUUCAUGUUUCAAGCAACACCUAGAACACAAUCAGUCCAUCUCAUCGGAUCUUGGGAUAAUUUCACCAAACGAUACCCAAUGGAGCGAGACUCAAGACGCUCUCGUGAGCAAUGGCGAGGUUGCCACACAUUUGACGAUAUCAUCUGUGAUGGCGAUGGAAACGGUUCCUCGAAAAGGACCGGUGGUUUGAAAAUGGCAUCAACAUACUAUUACUAUUAUGAGCUUGAUGACGGCAUCGAAGUUCAUGACACGGCUAUACCUUCCACUACUACUUGUCCUUAUAUGCCAGGCCAACCAGUUAAUAUCCUCUGGGUCCCAGUGGAAGUCUCUCCACCACGACUUCGAAGUGGUUCCAUGGACUCUAUAAAUAUUACAGAAGCCAAAACAAUGAAUCCUGCGGAUAAAUUUAUGACCCCUCGUGCUCCUCCAACGAAGCCAAAUGUUGCACGACCUGCUUCAUUAUCGUCUUCGGGCGCGGAGGUCACGGAAAAGCCAUGUCCUUGGGCAAAAGAUAGAAAGCUUGGUUGGGCAACAAAACUUUUUUCCGGCCGCCGAUCACAACCUUCAUCGCCUAUUCCCCCACUCGCUUCAAGGCGAUCAUCUGAGCCCGAUAUCAGUCAGGCUACUACACGAAGUAGUUCUUCAUCAAACUCAAACACUAUUCAUCAAACUAGCCCGACUCGAUUCGAACCAAUUUCUAGAAAAUCAUCUUUUACCAGAGCGCAUGAUUCUGUGCACAACAGUCUUAUGUCUCUUGGUAUACCUGAGGACAUUUCCGAAGACUGCGAAGAUGAUGACAACUUUGCCACACAGUUCAAAGAACUUGUCUUUGAAGAUAACGACAGUAUCACCGGAUUAUCUCCAGCGCCAUUUCGUCGGCAACCAUCACCAACUUCCAAUACUUACAAGCCACUGCCACGACUUCAAGAUGAUGCGUUUACAUCUCCUAUUUCAUUACCUCCUCCUCCAAACCUUACUUUGAAUCUACCAAUGUCCCACUUCUCUGUCUCCACCGCAUCAACGGCUCUUAAUUCACCAACGGAUUCCCAUUUCGGCUUCAGCGAUACAUCAUCAAUUUUCGAUUCAUAUGAUGAAAGCGAUUUGAAUGAAGAAACGGGCGAUACUUUUACAUAUAAUCCAAUGAUCUCCGAGGUGGAAAAAAGAAAAUUUAUAGGAUAUAGCUUACCAGAUGAAGAUAUUGCUUCGGAACAGACUAUUCGCAAGGCUUCAAAUCCAAUAUCAAAAACAAAUAGUAAUGAUUCUUAUCCUCGUGAUUCGGGGUUCGCAAACGGAAUUCAAGAAAGCAGCGCGAAAAUAGGAGGGAGUGCGUUAGCGGAUUUCUUGGAGGAUAUGGGCUAUUUGGGUGAAACAAUCCGUGAUAAAUGAAGGGUGCGAGAAAGAGAUGGAAGAUGAGGUAUGGGAGAUAAUGUGUAUGAGUAUUAGGUUGUAUGUAUAUAUAUGAUGAUGGGGACGAUCGGAUGAUAUCUUGGCAUUUUGGGCGGUGCUACAUUUUGCAGUUUAGCGGGGAGUUUUGGGAAAUGGCCUGGGCAUAUGCACAAGAUAUGGACAUUUAUAAAGGAAGGACAUGUGGAAGGAUGAAAGGGACGGAAAAUAUUGCAAAGCUGGUCUUGCAUACAUGUAUCACAAGAUGGAUGGAAAUGGACUUAAGAAAUGAAUGAGGAGGAUAAUAGAUAAAGCUAGAUUAGUAGGGUGGUGAUACUCGAGUAUACAUCAAACUCCAAUGUGAUGCUUAUAAAGU